UGGAGUAAAUAUUUAGUGAAUCUGACUGGCCCACAGCAGAAUGUUGGCUCAAGUGAGCCAUGCCUUGGACUCAGAGGAGCGAAGCAGACGUUGAUUGGAAACGUACGUGUGUGUGUGUGUGUGUAUCAGUGCAGUCCCACCUACUCAGGACUCUUAGAAACUUUUAAAAGCAGCCUGAAGCUCUCCAAAAAAUCUACUUCUCAGCGGUGCAACAUGCUGUCCAGAUACACAGUGUUUGCAGGAACUCUUUUUCUUGUUUUUUCCUGUUGGUCGCUGCCUUGCCCAAACCAAUGUCUCUGCUAUCAGACUACAGUGAGGUGUAUGCACUUGAGGCUGCAAACUAUUCCUGGGCUCCCUCCGCAGACCAAUUUGUUGGAUUUACGGUUUAAUCACAUAAAGGAGAUCCAUGCACAAGCCUUUAAAGGGUCAAAAAAUCUGAGCAUGUUACAGCUGAACAAUAACCAGAUAAGAAUUAUUCCAAGAAGAGCCUUUGAAAAUCUGAAGAAUCUCAAAUAUCUCUUCAUCUAUAAAAAUGAAAUACAGGAAAUACAGAAAGAGGCUUUUAAAGGACUGAUAUCAUUAGAACAGCUAUAUCUUCAUUUUAACAACCUGGAAAUUCUUGAGUCUGGCAUAUUUAAUGAUCUACCAAGUCUUCAGAGAUUGUUUCUCAACAACAACAGAAUAUCGAAGAUAAAGCCAGGAGCCUUCAAGCUGCUCAGCAGACUACGUCUGGACUCCAAUGCCCUGAUCUGUGACUGUGAACUAGCCUGGCUGGUAGAGCUUCUCAGGGAAUACGAGCAGCGAGGCAGCGUUCCAGCAGGCGCCAUCUGUGUGCAUCCCAGCAACCUACAGGGAUUGCCUGUAACCGCGGUACCUAUACAUGAGUUCAGCUGCAUAAAACCCAGUUUUGUGAUUGAGCCAGAGGACACAGAAGUUUGGAGUGGUCAGAGUGUCACCCUGGAGUGCAGUGUGUCUGGGAUCCCCCAGCCUCGAGUCUCCUGGACUAGGGGGCCUGAUCACUUACCAUUGUCAGAUAGCCAGAGGUACACCAUCACCCCCUCAGGGGGGCUCUUCAUUGAGGGAGUCAUUGUCAGUGACAAGGGCGAGUACAUCUGCACAGGCAGCAACAUAGAGGGCUCUGUCGAGGCCUCGGCUCUCCUCAUUAUACAAGAAGCUCCCAGAUUCUCUACACUCCCCACUGACAGCACAGUGUUGAACGGGCAAAGUGUGGAGUUUAUCUGCUCUGCAGAGGGAACCCCCCCAGCCACCAUCACCUGGACCAAAGCAGGUGCUCAGAUUAGUGACCAGCGCUACACUGUUUUGUCAAGUGGUACCCUAAGGAUCGUUAAUGUGGCACAGCAUGACCAAGGCCAGUAUGAAUGCCAUGCUUCGAACAGGGCAGGGGCAAACUUCACUGUGGUACAGCUUAUAGUGCUUCCUGAAGACUCAGAAGUAAGCCGAACUGGAGACAGCUAUGUUGAGGCAGCAAUCCAGGAGGCCAUUAAAAAUAUUGAUGAUGCAAUAGAUUCAACGAAAAAACAUCUUUUUAGCAUACGCCCCAAAUCCCAGAACGACCUUCUGGCACUGUUCAGGUACCCCCGGGACCCUGACACCAUGGAGGCUGUGCGAGCCAGGGAGAUCUUUGAGAGGACGCUGGAGCUCAUCCAAGAGAAGGUUGCAAAGACCCUGAAUGUAUCGUACAGACAAAGCUUUAAUGUUUUGGUUUCUCCAAAAUGGUUGCAAGUCAUAGACAGUCUGUCAGGCUGUGCAGCCCAAAGGAGAUCCCCCGACUGUUCAGACAUGUGCUUCCACCAGAAAUAUAGGACACAAGAUGGCAGCUGCAACAAUCUCCAGCACCCAAAGUGGGGGGCGUCUGCAACGGCCUUCGAGCGGCUCCUAAAACCAGCCUACAAGGAUGGGUUCAACUUGCCACGGGGCUCCACGAAUGACAACCAGCAUCCUCUCCCAUUAGCCCGUCUGGUGUCAACCACGGUGAUGAGGUCAGAGACAAUGACUCUUGAGAACCAGUUCACGAAGAUGCUGAUGCAGUGGGGCCAGCUCCUCACCCACGAUGUUGUUCGGACCGUAGCAGCAAUAAGCAAUUCCCGCUUUUCAGACGGGAAACGCUGCAGUGAAGUCUGCACGGAAGACCCCCCCUGCUUUUCUAUCUUGAUCCCAGAAAACGACCCUUUUGCACAGGGCAAGAGAUGCAUGCCAUUGAUGCGCAGUAGCCCAGUUUGUGGAAGUGGCGAGGCAUUUCUGCUCAUAAAUUCUGUACUCCCGAGGGAGCAGAUGAACCAUCUGACUUCCUACAUUGAUGCCUCGAAUGUGUAUGGGAGCACUGAGCAUGAGUCGCAGCAGCUAAGAGAUCUGACUAGCAAAGGAUUCCUGAGGAAAGGGGAUGCUGCGCCCGGCUCAAGAAAACCUUUUAUGCCCUUUGCGAUGAGUCCACCCACAGUCUGUCAGAAUAACAGAGAUAACACCUCUAUCCCAUGCUUUUUAUCGGGAGACAUUAGAGCCAACGAGCAUCUUGGGCUGACAGCCAUGCACACGAUUUGGUUCAGGGAGCACAACCGUAUAGCCGCAAAACUGCUGGAGCUCAACCCAAAGUGGAAUAGCAACACCAUUUACCAUGAGGCUAGAAAAAUAGUGGGUGCGCAGAUGCAGCAUAUAACCUACAGUCACUGGCUGCCCAAGAUCCUGGGGGUGGCUGGCAUGAGGAGGCUGGGGGAAUACGAAGGCUACGACCCCAACACCAAUGCAGGGAUUUCGAAUUCUUUUGCCACAGCUGCUUUCCGGUUUGGCCACACUAUGAUAGACCCAGUUGUUUAUCGGUUUAACAAGACCUUUGGGGUCAUCCCUGAAGGUCAUCUGCCGUUACAAAAGGCCUUCUUUUCCCCGUUUCGGAUUGUCCGUGAGGGAGGCAUUGACCCCAUCUUACGUGGUCUUUUUGGAAGGCCUGGGAAGAUGAGAGUAUCAACUGAGCAGUUGAGCCCAGUUCUCACGGAGCAGCUGUUUGCCACAACCAGAGCUGUCAACCUGGAUCUCGCCUCUCUCAGCAUCCAAAGAGGGCGCGACCAUGGGAUCCCACCAUACAAGGAUUACAGGGUCUUCUGCAACCUCACCUCUGCUCAGGAUUUUGAAGAUCUUAGAAACGAGAUCAAGAACCCAGAAAUUCGAGAAAAGUUGAAAAAGUUAUAUGGCAUUACAGAGAAUAUCGACUUGUUCCCAGCACUGAUGAAUGAAGACCUGGUCCCAGGGACAAGACUUGGAGCCACUCUUCUGUGUCUGCUUGUGAUAGAGUUUCAAAAACUGCGAGAUGGAGACCGUUUCUGGUACGAGAACCCAGGGGUAUUCACACCUGCACAGCUGACCCAGAUUCGUCAAGCCUCCCUGGCCAGGGUCCUCUGUGACAACGCGGAUGACAUCACCGAGAUCCAACCAGACGUCUUCCAGAUUGCGGACUUCCCUCACGGAUUUGUUUCUUGCAGCGACAUCCCGUACAUCGACCUGCGCUUGUGGCAGCAGUGCUAUGAAGGGCAGGCUGAAGGACUUUUUGAGACCUUCCCUAGUAAUCACUCUGCUGAAUUCAGCUAUGUAGACAAUGGCACAUCUCGGAGAAGAACGAGGCAUGUUGAGGAACAAAGGAGCUUUGUAAACAUGACUGCUGCUUCGGAAGAAAGUGAAUUUGUGACAGAAAUGCUGCGAACCAUCUCCUCGCUAAAAAAACAGAUCAACAAACUGGAAGCUCGGCUGAAGCAUGAAGCCUGUCUGGAUGAAACAGAAACACAAAGGCUCAAGGGGGAGACCUGGAGAAAGGAUGACUGCACAACCUGCCUCUGUAGGCACGCUCAGGUGAUUUGUAAGGUUGAACUUUGCCCAGAGACUAACUGCCACAACUUGGUGAGGGUGGAGGGAAGCUGUUGUCCUGUGUGCUACAAGUGAAAGAAAGUGUGCAUGCCAUCUGGACACCUCCAGGCACCGAACUAUGGUCAACUGAAAUACUGUCUGAUUCAUUUACAGAAGACUUUGAGCUAUGACUUUACCACGUUUUACCCACUUGACUUCCUUUCUUUAAGUUUUACCUUAGAUUUUAUGAUUGAGGGCUUGACGUUAUGGAUGAUUUAUGAUGCUUUCCCAAUAUCCAGACAUUACAGUUCUGAAAUGUGACUCCUUUUCAAACCUUAUCUUUUAUCUGACUUGACCCAGGAAGGUCCUCCAUUUCUAUCGCUGUGAAGCUGCCAAAAGAAUAGAACACUGCAUUGACAUGGGAGUGACAACAUGCCCAGCCUAUCAGAAACCAGCAUCAGGGGUCACAUGUGGCACAGUUAGUAAAAGCAAUGCACUUUGGACUACAGUGUGAAGCAUGUUGGGUUCCUAUCUCACUUGUAGCAAGUUGGCGAUAUUGGCAACUUGAGUCCUCUUGAGUGUGUUGAAGUGGGAAGUGUUCAUUUUAAAUUGGGUAGAAAAUUGAAGGUUAAAUUGUAUGUUUUAACUCCUCAGUUUAUUUCUGUAUGUGAAAAUGUAAUUUUUUGAAAUGUUACAUUUUGUAACAAAAUAAGACAAUUAAAUGAGUACUGUUGUGUGUAUAUCUUAUGAUUUGGUGUUUGUGAUGUUAUUUGAAGUACUUUUGAAUCAAUAUUAUGGUUACAUUUACCUCAUUUACUUUUCAAUAAAAAAAUGCCAAGAAUUUAAACUGUAUUUCAAGUAUUUUCUCUUUAAACUUGUACAAAUCUUGCAUUAAAUAUGAAAACUAGUACAGAGGCAAUGUGUUUUAAAUUUGUGUACAUGCUAUAUUCAUACCAAAUACAAACCAUUAUUGUUUUUUAAUUACAUUAUCAUUGACUGAACAUAUUUUGAUAUCAUAUACUGGAGGAACAGUACAGAUGAAGGGUCUAUUGUCGUAUUAAAUUAGAUGUACCCAUUUACUUAGCACUGCCAUGCUUAUGCUUUGAGUCUACUCUGCUUUGUCGUUCCAUUGGACAAUCUUUAAAAGAAUACAGGUUUGACUGUAUUAAACAAUGCCCAAAAUGUUACAGUAGUGGCAUGUUGUGUUCCUUGAUCUGUUGCAAUUUUCAUUACACCUCCCAUAUAACUCCCCACACUGCUUCUUAUUACACUGACAGUACUGUCCGAUUCCUGCACAGGAGUGUGUUUUUGUUGCAAGGAAACUAAUUACCAGGCUACCAAGACUAAACAAAAGUGAAGGGAAAUGUAAACACAGUAAAUAUGCUGUCACAGUUAAACUCCAGAAUAACCAAUUACAGUACACCAGUCAGAAAUUUAUGAAAUGAUUCCCAUCACUGUUAUUGUUUAAACUCUUAUAUGAGGGAAGUGGCCUAGAUGUAAUAAAACAAUAUUACUAAUUUGACCAAUAAUUAAUGUGAUCGUUUUUCAUUUUUAUCUUACGAAAGUGUAAUAGAGCAAGGCAGUGACAUUUUCUAACUGUAUUUGGAUGUGAAGAAUUAAAGUUGACACCAGCUCGACAGUUAUGUGAUAAUGCAGGUAAUCAAUUGACAAUUUUUAUGUCCCUGGGUUUCAGCUUCGCUUCUCAGCAGCUGAGCUGCUGGCUGUUCCAUCAACUAGAUGUGUUACAUUGAGAGGUCGAAGCUUCUCUUUGUGUGCUCCUUCUCUUUGGCACUUACUGAUUCUGUAGAAAAAUUGAAAUGUACACUUAAAACACACUUGUUUUCCUUGGCUUUUGGUAAUUAACCAUUGUUUAGUAUAACUUAUAAUGGAUGUUUCACAUGUAUUUAUAUAUUGUAAUGGCUUUUGUAUUAACUCUCUAGUAGUGGUUAGGGCUCUGGACUCUUGACCAGAGGGUUGUGGGUUCAAUCCCUGGUGGAGGACACAUUAUUAUAAUAAUGUGUCACAAUUUUUGUUCCUGGGUAGUAAGUGUUAUUUCCUAA